GCUGCACCUGGUCAGGUAAAAGAGCUUUCUUCCUGGCCGUCUGCCCCACCUCUUCUUCCCAGUCAAAGGCUGUCUGCUUGACCUCUCCGGCUUUGAGGUUCUGGUCAGAGCUGGUGACAUUCACCAUCACCGUUUUCUUCUGCCAUCAUUUUGUCAUCAUCACAGCCAUCACCAUCAGCAUCCUAUCUUCCUCCAUCAGAACUCUUUAGCCCUCCAAAGCUGACUCUUGUUUCUCCUCUAUGCAGCCUCAUUGCCAGAGAGGACUGUCAGCUGCCUGCCCGGCCUAGCCACCAUCACAUGCCUCCCGACUGGAGCUGACCGCGGACCAGCAUCUCCACAGCAUGAAUAAUUAGGUAGGCAUAAUGGAAGGCACUCACUGCACCCUCCAGCUGCAUAACCCCAUCGCUGAACUCUGCUAUAUCAGCUUCUAUCUUCCAAAAGGGGAAGUCCGAGGAUUUUCAUACAAGGGCACUGUAAGUCUAGACAGAUCCAAUAACGCUUUCCAUAACUGCUACCAAGUCAGGGAGGGGCCAGACAUCACCAGCCUCAGCCAGCAGCCGAACGAACAUCCAGGCGACAUAUUUUUCAAACAGACUCCCACAAAAAACAUCCUGACAGAGCUAUACAAGCUCACAGCCGAGAAGGAGAGGCUGCUGGACAGUCUGCUGAGGUCAGACAACAUCCUUGGCAUUUCUAUGGGGAGCCAGGAGGGGAAGUUGCAGGAGCUGUCAGUAAGCCUUGCCACCAAGGACGACUAUUUCCAGAGUCCUCGCAACUGGCAUAGAGAACUCCCUGUGAGCUCUCUCAUUAGAAGGAGCACCCAAGAGAGCAAAAAGCCCCGGAGGUCUGUCAGGAGGAGAGAGAGCCCGGAGGAGCUCCGGCAGAAGAGAACCAGGAGGAAAGGGCGUGGCUGCCAGGAGUCAGCAUUUCAGAUGGGGAAGGACCAGGUCUGUUCCAGUAGCUCCCUUUCUCCUCGAGCUAGGCCUAAUCUCCGGCUCCUAGAAGAAAGAGGAAAUUUAGUUCCUCAGGGAGCACUUACCUCUUCGAUACGGAGAAGAGAGAGCUGCCCUGCCAACAUCCUCAGGACACCAGAUGCAGACCUGGGCUUUGGAAACCCUGGGAGGACCUCAGAGGACACUGAUCUUGAAGGACCUCUGUCCCCUGACAGCAGCCCCACCGAGGUAGGAUAUGCUGACGUCGGAGGGCAGCUCAAGAGUUCUCACCAGCAGGAGCCCCCACAAGCAAAUCUGUCUGAAAGUCAUGAGAAACGUCCAGGGGCAGAGAGGUGGGGCAGCGGGACUCGGAAGUCAAAGUCAUUGGAGCGGACUUGCAGCAAGAAACCUGUUUCCAAAGUGGUGGCCAAGAUCCGGGAACCAUCUGCUCUAGGAAAAAGACUAGUUAGGGUGCAUCAUGACAGCAAGGGCAAGGUUGCCUUCUGCCCAGAGACCCAAACUGAGUUUAUCCCAAAAGCUGACUUCCUCACCCUCCCAGGAGGUGAGGCUGAGACUCAUAGUUCCAGGAGGCUGGGGGAAGAGCAGAGAGGGACCAAGUCAUUGCAGUCCUCAGCCACAGAAAGAGUCUCCACUACUAAAGAACCAGCCAGCACCGAGGCCGCUGUGAACAAGGUUCUCCGCAAGGUGAUAGAGAGUGAGAAGUUAGACGAAGCCACCGAGGGGAAAAGGUUGGGCUUCUCUGUCAACAGAGGGGCCACCCACACUUUCCCAGAAACUCGAAGCCAAAGGAAGCCUGGGCUACGGCAGAGUGGCCAUAAAUUCUUGCUUCUAGAUCUACCCCAUACGGUAGGUCCUGAUUCCCCACAACCCAAAUGCGAUGAGAAGAAGCCAACCCCCCAGGGUUCGACAGCGCUCAGCAUGGUAUUUAAUAAUUCAUCGCCUCAGUCCAGCGCACACAAACGGCUGUCACCUGUUCCCUCGCCUCUGUCUCCAAGGUGCCCCAGCCCACAGCAGCACCAUAGGAUCCUCCCGCUCCCUCCACUGCCUAGUGAGGGAGAAGCUGCUUUUAAUGAGUACCCUAGUAGAAAGAACGGCUCCUCUGGGUUCCCCUCUGCUGACACCUUGGAGCCAUCAUCAUCUACGAAGGUCACGGAGACCAAAGGAGACAGCCCGACUUCCCUCAGAGCAAGCCAAACUUGGCUGGUAUCUGAGGAAACUUCCGAAAAAAGCUUGGGGCCAGAGAAGAUCGCAGCUCCACCUCAGCACCCGUUGCCACCAGGUAUUGCUUCUGAAGGCUUUCCCUGUGACAACUUCAAUGAGCAGACGCCCAAAGACCUCUCCAAUAAGGAUGGAGGGGCUUGGGUCCUGGGUUACAGAGCCGGACCGCCCUGUCCAUUUCUGCUCCAGGAAGAGAAAGAGAAGACAAGUAGAAGCGAACUGUACUUGGAUCUCAACCCUGACCAGAGCCCCACAGAGCAGGACGACAGGACUCCAGGCAGACUCCAAGCUGUCUGGCCACCCCCAAAGACAAAGGACACAGAAGAAAAAGUGGGACUGAAGUACACUGAAGCAGAAUACCAGGCUGCUAUCCUACAUCUGAAGAGGGAGCACAAAGAAGAAAUCGAAAACCUUCAGGCUCAAUUUGAACUCAAGACAUUUCACAUCCGAGGUGAGCAUGCAUUAGUAACAGCAAGACUUGAAGAAUCCAUUGAAAAUCUCAAGCAACAGUUAGAAAAGCGCCGGGGAGGAUGUGAAGAGAUGAGAGAUGUGUGCAUUUCCACGGAUGAUGACUGCUUUCCAAAGGCCUUCAGAAACGUGUGCAUCCAGACAGACAGAGAGACCUUCCUCAAGCCCUGUGGUGCUGAAAGCAAAACAACCAGAAGCAGCCAGAUAGUACCCAAGAAGCUGAAUAUCUCCUUAACCCAGCUCUCUCCCUCAAAAGACAGCAAAGAUAUCCAUGCCCCACUCCAGACAAGAGAAGGCAUCUCCUCAUCUAGUCAGCAGAAGCUAUCCCCUCCAGCUCCUCCCACACCACCACCACUCCCUCCGCCUCCCAUUCCUCCACCUCCACCUCUCCCACCUGGACUUGGACCUUUGCCACCAGCACCACCCAUAUCACAUGUGAGUCCUGGGUCACCACCGCCACCUCCUCCUCCGACUCCCCUGCCUCCAAGUCCUGGACCACCUCCACCUCCUCCUCCUCCACCACCACUUCCUAAUGUUCCAGCUCUUCCUAACAGUGGAGGUCCUCCUCCCCCUCCUCCUCCUCCUCCCCCACCAGGACUUGCACCCCCACCUCCUCCUGGACUGUCCUUUGGACUCAGCUCUUCUUCCAGCCAGUGUCCUCGUAAACCAGCCAUUGAGCCCAGCUGUCCUAUGAAACCUUUGUAUUGGACUAGAAUACAAAUAAACGAUAAGAGCCAAGACGCCACACCAACUUUAUGGGACUCCUUAGAAGAACCUCAUAUUAGGGACACCAGUGAAUUUGAAUAUUUAUUCUCCAAGGACACAACUCAACAGAAGAAAAAACCCCUGUCAGAGGCCUACGAGAAGAAGAACAAAGUCAAAAAGAUCAUCAAGUUAUUGGAUGGAAAGCGAUCUCAAACUGUGGGAAUCUUGAUAUCUAGCUUACAUCUUGAAAUGAAGGAUAUUCAACAGGCUAUAUUUAAUGUGGAUGACUCCGUGGUUGACCUGGAGACUUUAGCAGCCUUAUAUGAAAAUCGAGCCCAGGAGGAUGAACUGACUAAAAUAAGAAAGUACUAUGAGACAUCCAAAGAGGAAGACUUGAAGCUGCUGGACAAACCAGAACAAUUUUUGCAUGAGUUAGCCCAGAUUCCCAAUUUUGCUGAACGUGCCCAGUGCAUAAUCUUCAGGGCUGUAUUUUCUGAGGGUAUCACAUCCUUACAUCGAAAAGUAGAGAUUGUCACACGGGCCUCGAAGGGCUUAUUGCACAUGGAGAGUGUGAAGGAUAUCUUAGCUCUCAUUCUGGCUUUUGGAAAUUAUAUGAAUGGAGGAAACAGGACGCGAGGGCAAGCAGAUGGAUAUAGUUUAGAAAUUCUGCCCAAACUCAAAGAUGUCAAAAGUCGGGACAAUGGGAUGAACCUGGUGGACUAUGUUGUGAAGUACUACCUGCGAUACUAUGAUCAGGAAGCUGGAACGGACAAAAGUGUUUUCCCACUGCCUGAACCACAGGAUUUCUUCCUGGCCUCCCAAGUCAAAUUUGAAGACCUCGUAAAGGAUUUGAGAAAACUGAAGCGUCAACUAGAAGCAAGUGAACAACAGAUGAAGCUGGUGUGCAAGGAGUCCCCAAGGGAGUACCUGCAGCCUUUCAAGGACAAACUGGAGGAGUUCUUCAAGAAAGCCAAAAAAGAGCACAAGAUGGAAGAAAGUCACUUGGAGAAUGCACAGAAAAGUUUUGAAACAACAGUGGGAUAUUUUGGAAUGAAGCCAAAGACUGGAGAGAAGGAGGUCACCCCCAGCUAUGUGUUUAUGGUGUGGUUUGAGUUCUGCAGCGACUUCAAGACCAUUUGGAAGCGAGAGAGUAAGAACAUAUCUAAAGAAAGAUUGAAAAUGGCUCAGGCGUCUGUCAGCAAACUGACAUCAGAGAAGAAAGUGGAGACAAAGAAAAUCAAUCCCACCGCUAGUCUGAAAGAAAGACUGCGUCAGAAGGAGGCCAGCGUGGCCACCAACUAAGAUGAGAACGGAAGGAAGUGCACUGUAAGAGGCAGCACCUCAGUGCUCCUGCAGACACUAGAGCCACGGGGAGGUCCUGAAAGCUCAGUUAGGGACAUUUGCUCAUCUCCUUCUGAGGCCAUCUGCAGAAAGUGCCCUGUGCCUUCUUCGAGAAGUCUCUUGUCAAUCCACAGGAACAAUGCAAAACUAUGUAUGGGAAUACUGCAGGAAUAUUUAAUUGUUUCUUACAGAAGUCUGAAGUGCGCCCAAUAAUAAGAUCAGAAGAUAUUUCAUUCUCUUCACAUUUUAUUUAAAGCAGAAAUUCUAAGCCUUCCAGUGUAUAACCUUGUCAUGGGAAAAGAGGUAACAUCUUUUAUGGUGAUCCCCAAGAGAACUCAAACCUUGUUCCUCACACACUGCAGAGUUUUGUAUUGAUCUUAAUUAUUAUCCUGUUAUACCAAGAUCCUAUUGCAUUUUCACCAAAAAUAUUGAAACUUACCAGAACUGUUUUGAAGAGGUUUAGUACUGUGUAUCUCCCAGACUAGGGAAAUGACUUUUGAGGAGAAGGAUGAUGAUGAUGAUGGUGGUGGUGGUGGUGGUGGUAGUGGUGAUAAUGAUGACAGUGAGAUAAUGAAAUGGAAAGGAUUGAAAUUUCACAUGGAUGGAGAGAAAAUAAUAACCAUAAACCUUAAUCUGGAGAAGUUAUGAUGCUGGAAGUGAACAUCAGCUAUUGAGAUAGGCCCGCUCAGAUAGGUUCAUAUUAAUAUGGCUUCCUGACCAGUAGGAAUUCUGUACCAACUUAUAAUAGAAACAGGGUGAGGACAGACUUGGAUCAAGAGUACCCACUUGGGUGAGGGACCAUGUGGCUUCAAACCCAUUGUGGACAGCAAAUGAAUUCUAUGCAGACAUGCAGAUGAUACCUACACUGUGUUCUACGAUUUGUAUCCUGGUCUCUCCCACCACCCACAGCAAUUUCUAGACAGGAGAGCAAAUGCCACUGUCCCCUUUUAUCAUGACCUUGACACAUGAGCACGUGAAGGAAGGUAGCCAGGGGCAUUUGCUGUCCAAAAAAGGUAUGAGCAGAAAAGAGAUUUUUACAGUGACGUGAAAGCAGAAUGUUUAUAUUGAUAUUAACCUGUGAAUGGACUGUCAGUACCAGGUGGUGUCUUCUAACUCUGACCCUUAAAUCACAUAGAAAAGACACCUUGCCCCUUUUCCCUCCACUUCUUCCCCAUAAGCCACCCCUAUGUGAACUUCCCUGGUGUGAGAACAAGAAAGAGGACUGGGCAUAAACUGAGGGUUGUAUUGAAGACUGUGGUUUUUAAGCCUCGAUGUAAUGAAAGACCAUGCUUUUCUGUUGGUGGAGACAGCCAAGAGUUGCUCAGAAUCUUGUAGGUUUUGCUGAUCUGGAUUCCUCUGGCUACCAUGUGGGUGGGGCCCGUCUCUUGCCUCAGCAACUUUCAAGAACCUUUGAACUUGCCAGAUACUUGAAGUGUCUUCCCAGAAUCUGCCCGCCAGUCACCAGCCUCCCACCUCCCACUCAGGGACACUCUGCUAAUAGACACAAGCUAGGGAAAGCAACAGCAUAGCCCGACAUAGUGCACACCUUGUGAAGCCAGAGUAACUGGCCUCUCAUAAGUCACUGACGCCAUUUUCACACAGGUGUUAGCUGUCUUUUUGUGGCUCAGAGGAAAGAGUUAUGGUCACAUGGUUUGUUUUCCUCAAAAGAAACAAUCAGAUACAGAACGUAGCAUAGCCUGGAAUGGCGUGACAUCGUUGUUCUUUUUCCUGUGGCUUUUUAGUGCUGUUUCUCUUCAUUCUCACUGUGAGGAAGAGCAAGAGACUUAACCAGCAAGGCAAAUUCCACUCGCAGACAUCCUUUACUCAGUGGUGCCCUUGUUAAUACUGAAGUGCAAAAGAGAAGUGCAGUUUUGUCUAUGGCACAGGAAGAUCUCAGCAUUCUGUGAGAUCUGCAUGGAUCCUGUGGGUGGGGUGAGUAGGAACAGAGGGUUUUCUGUGCUGUUGAUGCUACCCUCGGGUCCCUAAGGUGCUCACGAGUCAACGCAGGCAGCACCAUCUCUCCCUUGGUUCUUCAGGAUAAUAGCAGAUCUUGCAAGCUGUCAGGAAGUAGACCAUACUAUUGCAUGUUGAGGUUGGGGGACUCUUUGUUGCCUAACAUCCUAACUCUAUUUUGUAGUUCUUACCUUGCCUGGGACUUCAUUUUAUGCCAGGCCAUUUUUACUAUGGAUUUUGAAGAGUCUAGGAUUGUCUUGGGAAACUUAGUCUAGAAAAAGCCACUUAGAGAAUGACAUGAUGUUCUAGAGCUGCAUGUGUCAGUGUCCUUCCUGUGAAAUCCCCUUAAGGGGAGUUUAUAAGUGAGCAGAAUAUCAGAAGACCAUGAAUACGGCAAUUCAUAGUUGAGCUGUGCUGGCUUGAGGGAUGCCUGCGUAAAGCAAUGAACUUUCAGGCAUGUCAGCUGCUUCAUCUGCAUAAGGAAAUCCGCAAUGCAGGUGAGACAAGUCUGUUCCCCUACUGGUAGAGCUGUAAAAGAAUUGAUUGAUUUUUAGCUCCCACAAAAGACAGAUAACCUUGGAUACACCUUCAUCUUCUGGCUAUAUAAAGAGACAGUCCAGCUGCUUAGAAGCUGUGACCAGUACAGAAUUGACUUCAAGAAAAGCACCUCCAAAGACUCAACUCAGCAUCUCUUCCCCUAUGGACCUAACCCAGGUGUUCUUAAUGCUGGUGGCAAUUGGAUCCAGGCACAACCAGACUUAGAUACACAGCUGUAUAUGACCAAGAGGCACAUUUUGUGUCACCCCUGCUUCCCUGUCAGCUGUUGACACCUUCUUAGGAGCUCUCACUAUUAUUUUUCUCCAUUCUACACUUCCCUCCUCAAGAAUGGGCAGUCUACCAAACUCCCUCAACAUAACGCUUUGUCAGGAAGUGGUGAAUUUACAAGUUGAAGCACAUUUCACGCGGAGCCAGUUCAGUUGGCCUCAUUUGUUUCAAGACAGUGCCUUUCUAUCACAUUGUGGGAGUUUGAAUACUUAACAGCUUCCUUGGAAACAUGGAGACAUUAACAUCGUAGUUCACUGACUGUGUCUCUUCAGCUGCCAUCCAGUUUCUACCAAAAGAAUACAAGCCAAAGAAACCAUAUGCCAUCCUUAAGCAGAACUUACUGGUCUGCAUUCCCCACUCCGUCUCAGCUCAUUCCAAACAUCCUACAGCUGGCCAGCCCCACUGAGACCCUGCUAUUUCACUGCUUUUCUCUUUUCUUGAGUCUGAAGCCCGCAGGAACUCUACACUUUAUCCCAUAUUUUUCCUGUCAGAUUCUUGGUCUAGAUGAGACUGAGCUAACCUCAGCCUGUUUGCUUGCUUGCUUGCUUGCUUGCUUGCUUGCUUGCUUGCUUGCUUACCCUUAAGGAGCAGAUCAAGCCUACCUACUCCAUACACUAUACUUCAUACUACAAGCUCCAGCUGUCCUCAGAUAGUUGUCUGACUCUCUUUUAGUCUUCAGUAUAGAGGGAAUCCCCUGGAGGCUGAUCCAACUGCUUCUGUGGUUCCACGGUAUUUUUCAUGGUCCAUGAGGAACGUGAUAGCACUGGGCUGCCAAAGCACAAAUGAGUCAGUAUGCUUGGGCAGAAAUGAACAUCCCAAGGAAUUGACAGGGAAUAAGCAGGCUCUAGCACGUUAAGGAUGUGACCUAGGCUGAGUGUUGCCUUGAAAUGCCUUGUGCUCUCCACCUCUAAAGCUAUAAAAGUGUCUUAGAGAGAAUACUCAUCUAACAAAUAGUGUGAGUUUCCAACGUGUUACCUUAUAUCAGGUAAGAAAUCAAGUAUAUACCAGCAGAGGUUUACCAAAGUCACACUUGCUCUCCUCUGCUGUUCCCUUCCAGAUUUUUCUUCAACUCCCAUCUUAUAAAGCAAGGUAUUUUUAAUUGUUCAUCUUGAUUGGUUUUCCCAGUCCAUACUUCUCAAAUAAAACACCAGCCCUAUAGACCACUGAGCACCCAUGGAGGUUACUCUGCCUCCCCAUAGCAUCACUAAUAGAUGUUCAAAAAUGAGCAAUUCUGGGAAUCUAUGGAGUGGGUUUUAAGGUAGUUAAUAUCUAUGUUACAUUAAAAGGAGCAGUCAUCAUGUACAAAUUGUACUGCUUUUCCACUAAAGGACCAAAAAAGCAUUUAGUACACAUGGCAGGCAUGUUUUGUGAACUACAAAUACCUUUUUCCAUCUUUUUAAAAAAGAUAUAUUCUUUGUGUGUGUGUGUGUGUGUGUGUGUGUGUGUGUGUGUGUGUGUGUGUGACUCUUUGCCUACAUGUAUGUAUGGGCACCACCUGUAUGCCUGGUGUCUGUAGAAGCCAGUAGGAGGCUGUUAGAUCUCCUGGGCCUGGAGUUCCAAACAGUUGUGAGCCACCAUGUGAAUGCUAGGAACAAACCUGGAUCCCCUGAAAAAGCAACAAGUGCUGCUAACCUCUGAGCCAUUUCUCCAGACUCCUUUCCCUAUCACCCAUCUCUAGAUAUAACCUAAGUUUUCCAUGUCUGACCAUCAGUCCCUAGUGGUUCUGCACAGAUUUUGGAAGGCAUUCACUACUCUUGGUAACAAACCCAUGAAUAAAGAAGAAACUCAUAAAGGGGUUCUGUCUGCAGUGAUUCAAAGACGAUUUGUGGGGAAGAAAACUAAAGGCAUGGGUUUCUUCCAAAAAUCAUUCAUUUUUCUAAUUUUGAGACACAGAUACUGUACCCUUCCUGUCCUACUGGCCACUGGGUGUGUAACCUUUGAGGAAUAUGUGCUUUUAGGGAAAAAAGGUUUCCCUUUAAGAGAGCAAUCUAAGAUAGUCUCUGAAAGGCAGAAAGUUUACAAAUUAGACACUGGGUACUUUUUAAGAACCUUUAGUGGAAGCAUGUCAUCAAUUCAUCACAGGCUUUUCCUGUCUUUGAAUUAGAAUCCAGACUAGUGUGGGAAGCAGUCUCCCUGGACUUUGAUUUAGGGAUCAUGUUUUGGCCUGGAAAAUAAGCAUUGGCCUGCAUGUCUAGAAGCUCCCUGAAAUCAGUUAGCAUCCUAAUAUGAGUCAGAUGCUACAGAAAUGUAAGGCACUUCAAGUCAUUUAUGGUUUGGCUUGGUUUGGUUUUUCUUAGCACCACCUGGGAUCAUGGAGGCUCCUUCCUAAGAUUCACGAGACCUUUGCAAUGUUUCCUGUCUACCUUCUGAGACAGAGGGAAACCAGGAAACAGGAGAGAAGAAAGAGUGAACAAAUCCAGUAUGGUGCUUUGCACAGCUUUUGCCAUGAUAGUACCAGAGACAGGUUUUAAUAGAAAUUUAAGCCAUUUGUAUUAUGAAAAUAGUAGUGUCCACAUGUUGUUAUAACUCAAUAACAGACUCUGUCCUGCAAGGGCAGGUUCCAGUGACACUGGCCUAUGCUUAGCUGAGUAACUUCCAGCUUCAGAUUCUUUUACAAAUGUCACUUGCUCAAGGACCUUCCUGUUCCUUCUAAGCAUCCCAGCACCUGGUGUCAUCUAGCUUUCAUCGUCCAUACUUGUCUUCAGCUUCCCCUUCCCUCACAUAUCACAGCCUUUCUCUCUCGGAGGGACCUUUGCAGCUUCUACUGGACCCAGACACCCUUUACCUCUGCAGCAUAGACACCAAAUGUCCCAUAGUCCUCUCACACCCCAUGCUCCAGCCUUCAGUGUUUGGACAGAGCACCCCUGUCACCAAGGAGCCUGUGUGAGACACACUGCUGAGACUGUCUCUUGUUAAUGUCACCAUCACCUCAUCACUCAGGCAAAGAGGGGAAAAUCCAUAAAAGAGGUGGAAAAUGCAUUUCGUUUUUUCAUUUUGUUCUACUUUAUUAAAAAGGUUGGGUGUUCUAGUUCUUGGUUCCUCAUAGAUUUUUUAAACUAUCUAAUUAGAGAACACGUUUGAUCCAUCGCAGCAGGUCACCAGCCAUGACAAGGCUCAAUCUAGGACUCUCAGCUUCCUGCGCUGCUGGACACAUUGACCCCUGUGCAAACAUUUUGAAUUAUAAGACUCCUUAUUACCACUCCAUUCUUGCUACUGCUCAUGACUCAAACAUCUACCACAAUAUGCAUUGGGAUGUUGACAUUUUGUGGUUAUUUUCAGAUUAAUAGUAACUGCAAUACUCUUAAAAGCACUCAUAGAAAGUGUAAGCAUGUCCUGAAUAGUUUGCUAUUUUGUCAUGGUAAAACACAGCCUUUCUGUUCAAAUAUUAGGCCAAUCUGUGCGUGGAAAAUUAACCAAUAAAAUAAAGACAGCUUUGGAAAGGAGAAGGCACUUUAAAGACAUGAAACCUUGUAAUUACAUGCUCUUGGAUGUUUUUAAGCAUAAUAAGCUAACUGGAUUUGGGUAUAUUUCCUUUAAGUUAAAAAUAAUAUGUAUUUCUAACUUGCAUAUUUAAUUUUGUCAACACUGAGAAAUGUUCAUGGGUUGAAUUUGUAAAUGUACUUUGCAACCAAAUGAAGUAUUUAUUUUUAAAAAGAAAAGGUGGAGGAGCCAAUAUCAACUUGUACAUAAUGAAAAUACAUGUGUAUAUAUAUUUUUCCUUCUUGACACUACUUGAUCAUUAUAUCAAGUGUAUUUUUGUACAUAAUAUAUAUUGGUUAGAAAAAUUUAGAUUGUCUAUUGAAAGAAAUUCUAUCUCUGUGAUAGAUUAUAUUUAUCCUAACCUAUUGAUAUUCUGUUGAUUUAAGAGAUAGAACUCUAUUUUUUGAACUUCCAGAAAAUUGCAUUCAUGGCUUCCACUUGUAAAUAUGCUAAGGGUAUUUUAAUAAAUCUUGGUUUCAUGUCCA